CUCCGCCAGUUCUCCGCCAGAUUCCCUCCCCGUAAAGGAGCUGGUGAGUUGAAAGAUUCUUUCAGUGGAGGGCCGAUACUGGUAGAGAUGAGAGACAGAAAAGAGCGGAGAAAAGUGUAAUUCGCAUUUCAUGUAAGAAGGCUCUUGUCAUAUCUUCUCAAGGGAGAGCUCCUCUGCUCAUAUCUGCUCGUCGAUCACGCCUGGAAGUCCUUCCUCCUUGUUCCUUUUUCCUGAUUGCUGCUUCCUUGCUUAUCGACCUUGCUCUCAGCUCGAAUCAGGUCGCCGCCCACAGAUCUCUGCUCUUCCUUGCUGUCUGGUCGAACUAUAGACUCUGCUUGACCUUGCUGAAGGUAUUAAUCUUCCUAUCUGCUCGACCCAGAUCUCAUCUGUGAAGACUCAAAUCUCUGCAAGUAACCAGAUUACCUCUCAACCUAGCUCUCUGCUCGUUUUCGCUCAAACAGGUGCCAGGUGGUCUAGACUGCUAUCUUGUUGCAUCAUCAAAUGGAUCAAGUGGGUCAACCUCAUCCUCCUCCACCAGGAUUGAGGCAAAUAAAUCUAAUGAAAUCAUUUAAGUUGGGCAUACGCUCUCUGUUGACGACUUGUUCUAAGGAGGUCGUCACAUCUCUGCAUGAAAACAUAGAGGAAGAGUUUGAGCUUUUAUGUCUUGAAACACAGGCGGGUGCCACUCUUGAUACUGUGGAGCAACUAGUGGAAGAGCAGUCUCUAGACACUUUGUUUGCACAUAAGACGAAUGUUGGUGAAGUCAAGCAGGAGUUGUCGAAAGCAAAGAAGGAUGAGAUCCAGUACCUGAUGAAGAUGGUUGACAGCGUUGUAGAGCAGAACCAUCUCAUGAGAGCUCGUGUGGAAUCUCUCAAGAAGGAAAGGCAGGACUUAUCAGUCUCUCUAGGUGCUGCUGACAAGUUGAGGAGCUUGAAUUUGGAUUAUGGGCACAUAAAAUAGCAAUGGCCGUUAUGACAGAAGCAACAAUAUGUAUGUAUUGAAUGUUCAUUGUUGUACAUUCUCGUGCGGUUGGUUAUUAUUAUAUUUUAUAAAGUUGAUUAUCAUAGUAUAAUCAUUUCGUUUUUUGGGCUUCAAAAUGCUAUUGCUAUAACUAGUUGUAGAUAGCUAGCGCACUAGCCUUUUUCUGCAGGCUGCUAGUUGUAUUGCGUUGUGUGCUAGUGAAAAGGAAAAGCGGAUUGAGAUUACUAAUGAUGGGAUGGAGGUCGAGCCCUUAGAAGGGUUCGGUGCCUUGCUCGUAUCUCCUUUCUUUAUGCUUGUCUCCUUCCAGAAUACAAAUUAUCUGGUUAAUGCUUGUAAUGGAAAUCAUCAGUGCUUUGAUACUUCCAUGCCAAAUUAAAUUGUACAAAGUUUUUGAGUUUUUCUUUUUUCAGAUUAGUAUGAAAAAGAAAAUUCUCACCAUAUGGCUCCUUGUUUAAUUUUUAUCAUAUGUACAGUGAUGAAAGGACUGGAGUAGCAAAGCUUAGAUAACAUUUGUUACACAGUGUGGAAACCCAAGCUUUGAUACUUUGAUGCCAAUUUAAAAUGAUUUAUCAAUUGCAACGGUUAAGUA